AUGACUUACUCCUUUUCACCGUCAUUCUCUCUCUUUCUCACUAACUCCCAAACUUUCUCUUUCUCUCCUACUUUCUCUUAUAGUCUCUCGUACGCACGCUUUCCUAGUCUAUCAUUAAAUUUCUCUUUCUUCCCUCCUUCCCGUCCUCUAUCCCUCUAUCUGCUUACACUCUCUACCCACUCUCUCUUUCCUAAAUACCCUCUUCAUAUUUUCUAUCUUACUCAAUUCAUCUCACCAACUCAGUCUCUCUCAAUCUUCUUUCUCGCUUUCAUACUCAUUUCACUUACUCUCUCUCUAAAUCAUUAUCUCUUGACCACUAAACUAUCCCUCUCCCCAUAUUUUUAUUACUUUACUCUCCCCCCUCUCUCUCUCUCAUUAUAUUAUUCUCUCUCAUUAGCUCAAUCAGUCUCUAUCUCUAUCUCUCCCCCUCUCUCUCUCACUCUCUAUCUCUCUCUCUCUAAAUACUCUCCUCGUAUUUUUUAUCUUACCGACUCAGUCUCUCUCAAUAUUAUUUCUCUCUUGUUCUGUAUCUUUUCAUUAUCUUUCUGUCUUUCACACUCAUUUCACUUUCUCACACUUUCUCUUCGUCUCUCUCUCUCUCUCUCUCUCUCUCUCUCUAAUUCACCAUCUCUUAUCCACUUCUCUCUCGUUCUCUCCAUCUUUUACCACUCUCCUCUUACUUUCUUUUUUUAA